CUUUCCCAUCUCACGGUCACGGACGGUCUUGCUCCCGGUUCCCACCUCAUCUCCUUCCCAGUUCCCACACGCGCGGGCCGCGUCCCGUCCCGGCCGCCGGCCGUUGCCCGCCAAAGCUCCGCACUAGGUCCCCCAGCCUCCCCGGCGCCGUCCGAAGCCCUCCAAAGCUUCGCACCUCGCCUUGGCGCCGGCCGUAGCCCUCCGAAGCUUCGCCUCAGCCUCCCCGGCGUCGUUGCGCCUUCCCCGGCCGCCGGCCGUCGCGCGCCGAACCUUCGCCCGGGCCUCCCAGGCGCCGUCGCGCCUCUCCUCGGUCGUCAGACACCGCUCGCCCCAAGUCUCCGCCCCGGCCGCCGAAGCUCAGGCGCAAGACGAGAUGGCAGGCCUCGAACGGCCCCGCCGCCGCCCUCCCCCGGACCCCGUCGCCGUGCUCCGCGGCCACCGCGCCGCAGUCAACGACGCCUGCUUCCAUCCCUCCCUCCCACUCCUCUUCUCCGGCGCGGCUGACGGGGAGCUCAGGGCCUGGGACACCGCGAGCCACCGCACCGCUUCCUCUGUGUGGGCUCAUGCUGGGUCCGCGGGAGUGUAUUCUGUUGCUGCUGGUGCUGGACUUGGGAAUAAGAUCAUCAGCCAAGGCAGGGAUGGGACUUGUAAAUGUUGGGUGAUUGAAGAAGCCGGGCUUUCACGGAAGCCCCUAUUUACUGUCAAAACAAGCACAUAUCAUUUCUGCAAGAUGUCACUCGUGAAGUCUUCUUUAACACAUGCCACAAAAUCCGGCUCAACCUGCUCAGCUAGCGACGUAGAGCCAAAAAGAUUGUCAUCUGAAAAUACAGAAUGCCAUGGUGUAAACCCUGCAGUAGCCCCUCAAGAACAUGAUCAAUGCACUACCUCUAAUGGGCAUAAUAUGUUGGCAAUUGCUGGCGAAGAAUCGUCCCAGGUUGAGCUUUGGGACAUUGCAAGUGCUAGAAAGAUCGUAACUUUGCCCCAAACAUGUAGCACUGAUACGGCAAAUCAUCCUACUAAGAAAAAAGGACUAUGCAUGGCUGUGCAAGCUUUCAUCCCACAUGAAUCUGCAGGCUACGUAAAUAUCUUGUCAAGUUACGAAGAUGGAAGCACUCUUUGGUGGGAUGUACGAAAGCCUGGGUUACCUUUAUCUUCAGUGAAAUAUCAUUCAGAAUCAGCUUUAUCCAUUGCUAUUGAUGGGUUUUGCAAUGGUGGAAUCUCAGGAGGUGCUGAUGAUAAAGUAGUCAUGUUCACGCUUGAUCAUCCAAAGGGUGCAUUUAUUCUUAGGAAAGAAAUAGAACUUGAGCGACCUGGUAUAGCUGGCACAGCGAUUCGGCCAGACAACAAGAUCGCUGCAACCGCUGGCUGGGAUCACAGGAUUCGAGUGUAUAACUACAACAAAGGAAAUGCUCUAGCCGUGUUAAAGUAUCACAGUGCUUCGGCAUCUGAUACUUUCUUCCUCUUCACAGUGCAAUGCCGUGACUUUCUCAUCUGACUGCAAGCUUAUGGCUUCCUGCUCGGCGGAUACGACGGUUGCAUUGUGGGACCUCUAUCCCCCAAAACCCCAAAACAAAGUGGACAUCACAAAAACAGAUGAAGCCUCCUGGUAGCUCAGUUGGGCCUUCAGUGCUGAAUGUGGUUUUUGCUUGUGUAUAUUACUCCGGAGUAUCCGCUCACCAGUUUCCAUGUAGUUUGGGCCUCCUGUUAAAGUCCCAUUGUUCUCCUGUGCCGGAAUUUUGGGUCUUCCGUGCAGCAGUGAAAAAUCUGAACUUGCUGCAACCGAGUAAGCGAUUUAUUUUUUUUUCGCAAAGAAAAGAGUAGUUAUGAAGUGCCAAAAGGAGCAGAUAAAGAACAUGUAUGUAACUGUUGUUCGGAACGCUUCCCUUAGUUUCUUUAUUUAUUAAUUCUCUGAAAUUCUGAUCGGUUUCGUGGAA